AUGGCCGAUGUAGCGGGAGUCAUCGACUUAGGGAGCGAGCCGGAAAGCGACGGAGAGAGGGCCAGUCAUGCGCCAGAAGCUUCGACUGGAGCUCCGGCAUUGUUGAGUGAGAGUGAUGGGAGCAGUCUUUAUGGAUCUUCAGGGGACCUGAAAAUGGACAUCCUGGACUGCCUUGAUGCCGUCCAGUGUGUCGGAUCGUUUGCGACUCUCGGAAAGCUGGAUGGAAUCGUAGAACCGGACAUAUACAUCAAUCUUUCCGCUGGCGCCACACACGUACAUGUUCCGCUCUUAGAAGAGCAUGCAAAAGCCAUCAUUGCCGUGAGCCAUCAGGCGCCAUUCGGCAAAGGAACCGAGACGAUCAUCGAUGCUUCAGUACGUAAAACCUGGGAGCUCAAUCACAAUCAGUUUGAAUUGCGAAAUCCGGAAUGGCAGCAAUACGUAGCCCAGAUUGCGAAGAAAGUGGCCGCCGAGCUUGGUAUAUCCAGAGGGACAGGAACGUUUCAGGCGCAGCUGUACAAAAUGUUGUUGUACGAAAAAGGCGCAAUGUUCAAAGCGCACACCGAUACGGAAAAGGUGCCUGGUAUGUUCGGAACACUGGUUGUCUGUCUGCCAUCAAAGCAUAAGGGCGGCGCUGUAGCAUUACGGCACAAGAAACAGACCAAGAUGUUCCGCACUGAGGACUUCAAACAGUCUUACGCAGCUUGGUACUCCGACGUGAAGCACGAGGUCACCGAAGUGACAUCCGGCUAUCGCUGGGUUCUUACCUACAACCUCGUAUACUCCGGUCACGUCUACGAGCCGCUUUCGGCUGCAGACAAUACUCGCCAUGCGAGGUUCCUGGCUGCUGUUUUCGAAAAUUGGCGGGAAGACAUAAACAACGAUGAAAACGAUCAUGUGUACACCGGCGAUCCUCCGCCCGAGGAAUUAAUAUACCUGCUAGAUCACCAAUACACGGACGAAAGUCUCCGUUUCAGCGCACUAAAAGGCAAAGAUCUUGUCAAGGCGCAGUUGCUGAAAGAUUCAUGCGAUCAGGCUGACUGCUGCGUUUACCUGGCAAGUCUCGAACGCAAAGUCUAUGGUGGCGUCAAGGAUGAUUACGAUGAGUACUAUGGCCGUGGUUUUGGCUAUUAUGAUGACGAGGAAUCCGAAAACGGAGACUCCGAAGAUGAGAACUCCGAAGACGAGCCCACAGACUGCUCGAAAGACCGCCCCACCCGCCGCUAUGCCAGUGAUUUCCAUGAAAUCAUAGACGAAUGCGACAAGUCGUUGAAACUCAAGCGUGUUGUCGAUUUUGCCGGGCGAGUGGUUGGGACAGAAUUUGAUGUCGACGAGGACAACAUCAUCCAGGAUGAACCUUUCAAGGAUCGGGAACCGGACGAGGAGGACUUUGAAGGGUAUACAGGGAAUGAGGGGGCGAGUACCACCCACUGGUACCGGAACACCGCCCUAGUCUUAGUGCCCAAGGAAUACGACGUAUCUUUCCGCCUGCGGCCUUUCGCCAAAGGACCUAGGUCCGAAGGAAGACUGGAAGAACACUCCUUACAAAUCGACGGGGUUAUACAGCGCCUCGAAGAGAAACUUGGACGCGAUCCUCAGAACAAAGAUCUGCAAGAAGAACUCAUUGAGACCUGUCGGUUUGUGAUGGGUCACAACAUCGACCAUCGGCAGCGUAUUGACGGACGAUGGGGCCUGGAGAGAAAGGAGCGGUUCCCCGACAGCACUGUUGGAGAGGUUGUCAAAGCAAGCUUGCUCCUUCGGAAGCCGGCCUGCCUUGUUUAA